UGUUUUUAUGUGUUAGUGUUAUGACUGUUAUGUGCUAUUGCAAAUAACUUAGUUUUAAAUGGAAUAACGAUAUGAUUCGACAAUUUUGCGGUUGAUAUUUUCAGUCAGUUUAGGCAAAAUAAUAUUGUGGAUGUUAUUAGCACGCGAGAAUGUCUUGAAGACAAUUCAAUGUUAUUUAUUAGGCAUUGAUUGUGAUUAACCUCAAACAUAAAAGGAUAACUUACUAGGUUGUAGUAGGCCUAUCAUAAGGAAAUAACAUUUUGUAGCACAGCCUUUUGUUAGGAUGCUAAUUUAGAUCCAUACAAUAUAAUCUUACGUUAUCCUAUUGGUUUAUCUGCAAAAAAGUCUUGUGAUUUCUACGUUUUAAAUAGGUAAAGGAGGCAUGAAUUUCCAAAAAGAGAAGAAGACAUUUAAAAUUAUUGUCGUCGGGGAUUCAAACGUUGGGAAAACAUGUUUGACAUACAGGUUUUGUGAUGGAAAAUAUCAGACGCAACCUGAAGCAACCAUAGGAGUAGACUUUCGAGAAAGGGUCGUAAACAUUGGAGGGGAGGAAGUUAAACUUCAGCUGUGGGACACCGCAGGCCAAGAACGAUUCCGCAAGGCAAUGGUUCAACACUACUACAGAAAUGCUCAUGCUGUUGUCAUUGUGUACGAUGUCACUAAAAUGUCCACGUUCCAGAAUGUCCCAGUGUGGCUGGAGGAGUGUGAAAGACACAAUAUAACCAGACAAAUCCCCAGGAUAUUAGUAGGUAACAAGUGUGAUUGUGUGGAGUCUGUAGCCGUCAGUACCAACUUGGCCCAGCGACUAGCGGACUCUCACAAUAUGCCUCUGUUUGAGACGUCAGCGCAGACAGACAGUGAAGCAAGCAACAUAGAUGCCAUCUUCCUCACUUUAGCUCACAAGCUUACACGACAACGUCCACUGAUGGCUAUUGGCCCUUCAUCAUCACUAGAAAAUAAUACCAUGUUACAUAGAGCCGAUAUAAUUUCUAUCUCUAGAUCUACUGGUAGUUCUGGUGGUUCGGGUAAAUCUGGCAGUUCUUAUCGUCCGGGUAUUUCUGGCAGUUCUAGUGAUUCAAGUUGGUGUUCCUGUUAGGUUGUACUAUUGAUUUUUGGAUACCGAAUUGGACAACCCAACCAUAUGGACCAGCUGUUGCCUACCAUUAAAGAAAAUAUGGAUGAGCAAGUCAAAGAGGUCACCAUACUAGGGGCCACAAGAGUCUGCAGUUGGCGGCAGCCAAUAGCAAGACUGUACGUUGCAACAUCGCCCUUCACUAAUUUUCAACACUAAUACAAAAUAUACUAAACAGUAUUUUUUUUUAAUCAGCUGGUAUAAUUAGAUUUGGGUACACCGCACUGUCCUCAUUGGCUUUGAAGUCACGUGGUAAAUAGGCUCCUCCCUUAACUGCAGACUCUUGUGGACCGUAGUGUGAGUCUAAAGCUCUAUUUUUUGUUACUGAAAUAGUUUACCUGACGGAAAAUAUGCUAUAGCAUACAAUCAGUGGUUCUAUCAGUUUGAAUUUGUUGAACAGUCUUCAGUUCAACAGAAUUCAGCAAUUUACAUCAGCCCAAUCUGCUCAAUCCAACAUUCCAUUUUUAUUAAAAACCCGCAACAACUUAAACCUUGGGAUGGUAUGUCUAUUUCUAUCAUUAGUCUAAGAUAAUACAAACAUAGCUAGUGGCGAUAGCAUGCUCAUUGAAAUAUGUUAUACAAUAUUUUAACUCUAGGUUGUAUAGACAUUGUAAUUAUUACCUACUACAGGUAUUAAAUUAUGUGAUAGAGCUUGAAACAAGCUGAUGAAAUACAAUUAUGUUAGUGAGAUUUGUCAGAAUUGUAUGUUAGAAAUCAUUUUAAAAAUUUAUUUCUAUGUCUUGAUGUGCUUAAUGUAUCCCAAAAUAGAGAGAAUGAUAAGGAAGAAUAAGAAUUCAACCAAGUUCAAGAAAAUAUUUCACUUUAAAUAUCUGAAAGAGGGAAUAAAAUAUUUUUUUUUGUCACUAAACAAACUAAGGCACUUUUAGCAGGGAAAACGCUUCAAAAUUACUUUAUAGAAUUCUGGUACUUGCGAUCUCAGUUGAUCAAUGAGGCUCAACCAAACUUGUAUUAAUGUUGAGUUACUAAUCAUAUCUUACAAACAAUAAAAAAAACAAGAUAAAAUACCAUCUGAUCCUGACAUGUUCUAAGGAUGAAGCCCCUUAUUUCCUCUUCCACCUCUGGCACUGGUCUGAAAGCUUUUACAACAAUAUUCUAUGUAGCUUUUUUAUGCACACAUAGGUAGAGGGCAGCUUAAUUCAAUUAUAGCAGAUCCUUGGUAUUUCCUCAAGAUUCAAAUUUCUUUACCAAUAUCCGCAAAAGCCUCAUGUCAAAAUAAUAAAUACAUCCUGUUUCAGUAGAAUUCCGACUAUCCGAAAUUAGGUGAUCUGGCCUUGUCAGAUUAAAUAGGGUAAUUUGAGAUGCAAACAAAAAAAUCCUUUUUUACUAUUGUACAUUUAUUUUAUACUUGAAUUGUUUCUACAAUUAAACAACAUUCAUUUGUCACUUUUGCUGCACUAUUUGAUUAAAAUCUAUCUAGAAGCACCAUUUUUUCCCUUAAAGCUAAGUUUUCCUAGGCAUGGAAGUGGAGUGCAGUGAAGCAAUUUUUCCGCUUGUCCAGUUUACUGACUGGAAAAGUCCUCAAUCCUGUAGGAGCAUUUAUCUGAAAAAAAUUAAUUAUCUUAUUUGAACUUUCACUUGUAUCACGUGCACAUACCAUUUUUGUUAGAAUUUUAACACUAAUACGAACAUACUACACGUGGUUGUGGAGCACUUGAUGAGGUGGACUCGUCUAUCAACAGUGAAAACGUACAGACCAAAUCACUUUAAAAUUAAAGGUAACAAUAUUAAAUAAUAAUUCUUAAAAUAUUCCAAAGCCUCCUACACUGCAUAGCCAAGAUUUAAUCAUGAACAAAUUUCACUGAAAAUAUAUUUUAAAAGUUAAGUUUAAUCAUUCAUUUGAUUACAAAAUGGUUAAAAAUCCAUUAAAGUAUUUACAACUAUUCUCACCUCUGCCAAUAAAUCCCUAAAGGUGGUCAGGAGGGAAAGAAUGAUCUGGAUAGAUAGCCUGUAGAUUGCUGGACACUUUCUUCUAGGCUUGCUGACUCCAAAAUGGCUAACAUUUAACUUAAAUCACAUCAAUGUCGUCAAUUCAGUACUGAAAAUUUCCACACUGUUUGUUCAUGUACAACUCCAGUCCAGUUUGCAGGUUUUAUGUUAAGAACAUGUUUCAAGGGGGGGAGGAGUGGGGCGGACAAAGUUCAACUCAAUUCCUGAGCUAUGUAUUUUCCUUAGUGCCUGCAGAACUCUAGUUGCAAAACCCAUGUUUAACUGUAAUAAUUGUGGUAUCCCUCAUGGAAGGAGCUCCUAAAAUUCCAUGAAUAUGUUAUUAUGAUCAUGGCCAGUGAUCAUUAUAGGGAAUUGUAGCAAUUAUUAAUUUAAAUGGUUACAAUAGUUUAAAAUUGGUUAAACUCUUAGGUACCAGGCAGACUAUCGCGUAAUUUUACUCAAGAGUAACUUGGAGAAUGUUCAACGGUAGAACGUCUACAUGUAAGGUGUUCUUUUUGUUUUGUGUUGUAACUACCUACUGUAUUAUGAAUCCUAAUUAUAUUUAUUUUCUAUUAGUGUUAUCUUAAUUUUAACUCCUCUGAGGAAAGGUGUAUGAAGCCUUGUGUACUCAAUAAUUGAGGCUGAAUAUUUACAUGUUUAGGGUGUAAUUUGAACUCAACAAAAACUUGAAAAUAAACAAAACUUUUCUUGAGUGUUUAAUAAUCUACUAGUGGUCGGAGAGUGGUCGAAAACUCGACCAAAAAUAUGUAAUGUACAGAUUUCUCUAUUUUCACCCCACGCUGUAAAUAAAACAUGUGAAUGGAAUUUCUUUCAUUUGUUUUGAUUUUAUGUUUAUAUUUUCUUGUUAUUUCGUCACCAACAUGACAACCCAUAAGGCCGAUGUGAAUUUUUCUCGAAUUUAAUAUUUAUUUUUGAGCCUUUUUGAAAUUAAUUGUAAAGAGAUUCUGCACUCUACAGGAAAAUAUAUUUCUAACAGCAUGCAUAGAUUUUCUCUGCCAUUCACACAAGCUGAGAUAAAACAUUUUUCAAAGAAACAUGCAUACCUAUUAAUAUAUAGAUUGUAUAGGUUUUAAAUAUUCCCAACCUAUAUUAAUAUUAUAUUUUACAAAUUAAAAUCAUAUUUUGCAGGUUAGUUAGUUACUUAUACCACUUGUUGUUAACUUUAGCUACUAUUUUAUGUAGUUUUAUGUCGUUAGAUAUCUGUUUAAAGCCCUGCACACACCAGAGCGAUACUCCGUGCGAUACUGGAGCGGGCGCGAUACUUUUUCUUGGAAAUUCUCUUGCGAUACCAGUGGUCCGUGCGAUACCAUGGAGCCUUAUGGAGCCGCACACACCAGAGCGAACCGCGAUACGCGAUACCGAGGCGAAUGCGAUACCGUAGCGAUAGUAUCGCGGUAACGCUGCAUGCACUGUUUGCAGCGCUGUAUCGCGGCGAUACCAAUGUGGCCAAACGAUGAACUACUCAGUUUUGUCUUUUCUCUGUACGUGUAAAAACAACAACAACAUGUCGUGUAUCACCGAACAUUUACUUGAAGUUGUUCAUACAUACCCGAUGCACUAUGAUUUAUAUCACGUUUUAGCAACUAGAAAUUUAAAAUAGGGUUCGUCUUCAUUAUUUGUUAUUAAACUACGUUUUUCUGAAGAAUUUACAAUAGAAUUCCCAAACAUUCAGACGUCUUGGAUUUAUUAAUUAUUUUAACACUUAAACAUUUGAUUUGAAUUAUCAAUAGUUUUUCCAGUGCCGAUGUCAAUCCAAUGUUGGGUGAUUGCUGACAGAAUAACGUAUUUAAUACUGGUUUGAUGAGGAUUCCAAUUACUAUUUAAUAGUUCAUACAAUAUUGUAUUAGCUAUAGCACAGCAUAUUGUAAAGGUUUUGCUAGUCAGACUCGUGCCUAGCGUCCUAGGAAAAAAAAAACCUUAAAAGUGAUUGCUAGCCGUUCUUCGGCACUCGCUUCACGGUAGUGGGUACUUUCCUUUUCGAUAAUGCCAGAAAUCAAACUCAGCAACUUGUCAAAACAUUCCUGAUUAAUUCCAAAAUAUGUAGAAUCUUGUUUAAUCUUUUCUUAACUGGGUCAUGAGCGUAUACGGUACUCGCCAAAUCGCAGCCGUUCUUUAUUUAUGUCGUAUACCCACAUUUUCCUUGCUCUCUCAUCUUCUAUAAUAGCACGGCUAGUUAACAGAAAAGCUUCUUCUUCAUCAGACCAUGUCAUAGUUUUAAGUUUACACACAGUACAGUAUAAAAACACUAACUAUAACACAACACUUUUGCAACUAGAGUCUCACAACCACCGCACCCUCUGAGGUGUACUGGCUUUCCCGCGCGUCCCUUUCCCGCUCUGGUGUGGAAGCACCUGUUUUCUCUGCGAUAUUAUCGCCCAAGUAUCGCAGAUAAAAUUCUAGGAAUAGUAUCGCGCGUCCCCAGCGAUAAAGUAUCGCUCCGGUGUGUACAGGGCUUAAAUUAGGAUAUGAACUUAGUGUGGACGUUUGAAUGAUUGUUACAAUGCUUUAAGUUACCUGUGCUAACAUAGUUAUAAAUAAACACUCAUACCACAUUGUAUGUGUUUUUACUGCCAAAAACACAGCGAAGAGAACUAGUUUUGUGAUUAUCACUUACUAUAUUUUUGGUUUCAUACCAUACCCAGAAGACUGUCAAUAGUUUUAGCAAAAUGUCCCAUAUCUAAAGUGAAAUGGAAAUUACAAAUAUAUUUAUAGUGUGUUUGGUGUUUAUUUUAUAUUAGUUUCUAUAACCUCUGUCUAACAGUUAAAAGUAUUUACCUACGACCUUUUUCAAACUAGCCAUUUCAGUUCAGUUAUUAGAAUUGAAAAGAUUCACUUAACAGCAUUGUUUACUUAACAGCAAUGUUUUACUUAGGGGCGGUUUCUCCAAAUACGUUUAAACUAAACCAAAUAAAAGAUUAAACCUAAGUUUAACUUUUUUGUCGUUUCUCCAACUGUACUACCCAGGAGGUUUAGUUUAAGCUGGGGU